AUGACUUCUGCUGAAGAAUACAAGAAGGAAGGUAACGCUGCCUUUGUUGCAAAGGAUUUUAAAAGAGCGGUGGAAUUAUUUACGAAUGCUAUACAAGAGUCUGAAGAGCCCAAUCACGUGUUGUAUUCGAACAGGUCUGGUGCAUAUGCAUCGUUAAAGAAGUUUGACGAAGCCCUAUCUGAUGCAACUGAGUGCGUGAAAAUUAAGGCAGAUUGGUCGAAAGGUCACAAUCGGUUGGGUGCUGCGCAUUUUGGUCUAGGUAAUUUGGAUGAGGCUGAAGAGAGUUACAAGAAAGCGUUGGAGUUGGAUGCAACUAACAAAGCAGCUAAGGAUGGUUUAGAGCAAGUUCAAGCGGCUCAGCAAAGACGGCAACAACCUGACUUGGGUUUUGGGCAAAUGUUCCAAGAUCCAAACUUGAUUGAGAAGUUGAAGAAUAAUCCCAAGACUGCUGAGAUGAUGAAGGAUCCUCAAUUGGUUGCUAAGGUAUUGCAAUUCCGGAACAAUCCGCAGCUCAUGAGUCAGGAACUUUUGAAGGAUUCCAGAAUGAUGACAAUUAUGGCGGCACUAUUGGGCAUUGAUUUGUCGAUGGACCCAAGCGAUCUGGGCGGCACACCAAAGGAUGGCGGAGAGCCAGCAACAACCACAAGCUCCAAUGAGAAGCCUGUGGGGUCAAGUUCCGAAAAUAGUUCGUCAGUUAAUACUAAUACAGAAGCUCCUGGAAAGACCCAGACACCACCGGAACCUAUGGAGGUAGAUUUGGAUAGGGAGAAUGCUGAGAAGGCCAAGGCUGAGGGUAACCAGUUGUACAAACAACGCAAGUUUGACGAAGCAAUUGCCAAGUAUGAGGAGGCAUGGAACUUACAAAAGGAUAUCACGUAUCUCAACAAUCGUGCAGCUGCGGAGUAUGAGAAGGGGGACUACAAUUCUGCGAUCAAGACCUUAAAUGAAGCAGUUGAGCAAGGCAGAGAAUUAAGGGCUGAUUAUAAGGUAAUUGCAAAAUCAUUUGCUCGUUUGGGAAAUGCUUACUAUAAACUAGAUGAGGUGAAGAAAGCAGUUGAAUAUUACGAGAAGUCAUUGACUGAACACCGUACUCCGGAUGUUUUGAAUAAGUUAAGAAACUUGGAAAGAGAGAUAAAAAAGAGAGAGGCUGAAGCGUACAUCGACCCAGAGAAGGCAGAGAAGGCUCGUUUGGACGGUAAGGAGUAUUUUACAAAGGGUGAUUGGCCUAGUGCAGUUAAGGCAUACUCCGAGAUGAUUAUGAGAGCUCCUCAUGACGCCAGAGGUUAUUCUAACAGAGCAGCUGCCUUAUCUAAACUAAUGUCCUUCCCUGAUGCAAUUAAAGACUGCGAUAAAGCCAUUGAGAUCGAUCCAAGCUUCGUUAGAGCUUAUAUUAGAAAGGCCACUGCACAAAUUGCAGUUCAGGAAUACUCUGCUGCUAUUGAAACUUUAGACGUUGCCCGUACCAAAGAUGCGGAGGUGAAUAACGGCUCAAGCAUUAGAGAGAUCGACCAAUUAUACGUUAAGGCUACGCAACAAAGAUUCCAACCAGCAAAUACUAAUGAAUCUCCAGAAGAAACAUAUGCGAGGGCCGUCAAGGAUCCUGAAGUUGCCUCUAUAUUGCAAGAUCCUGUAAUGCAGUCUAUUUUGGCACAAGCGCAGCAGAACCCAGCUGCUUUACAAGAGCAUAUGAAAAACCCUGAAGUUUUUAAAAAGAUGCAGACGUUAAUUGCUGCUGGUAUCAUUCGUACCAGGUAG